AUGGUACUUGAUUUUGCUCGUGACAAUUUACAAUUAAGUUCAGAAGAUCUUAUUGUGGUAUCAAAUAAAAUACGAGAAGGUGAUUUAUCAGUUGUUCUAAUGGCUUAUGAACAAGAACUAAAGAAACCUUUUAAAUCUACAAUAACAGGAAACCUUAUCAGAACAUUGUUAAUUCAAGUACAAAAAACAAAAGUAGAUUUAGAAUUAGCCAUGGCAGCUUUAGAUAAAUUAUUGAAAUCAAAUGAAUUGAAUUUUGCUUUUUUAGCAUUGGAUGGAAAGAAUUUGGUGGAAUAA